AUGACGUCGGAGGGCUCCGACUGCCGGUGCAAGUGCAUCAUGCGGCCCCUGAGCAAGGACGCCUGCCUGCGGCUGCGCAGCGGCAGCGUGCGGGUGGAGGACUUCUACACGGUGGAGACGGUCAGCUCGGGGUCGGACUGCAAGUGCUCGUGCACGGCCCCGCCGUCCUCCCUCAACCCCUGCGAGAACGAGUGGAAGAUGGAGAAGCUGAAGAAACAGGCCCCCGAAUUACUAAAGCUUCAGUCUAUGGUGGAUCUCCUGGAGGGCACCCUCUUUAGCAUGGAUCUACUGAAAGUCCACUCCUACAUCAACAAGGUGGUCUCUCAGAUGAACACACUGGAAGAGACAAUCAAAACUAACCUCACCAGAGACAACGAGUUUGUCCGGGACAGCAUGAUGAGUCUCACCAACCAGUUCAAAAGGUACGAGAACUACUCCAACAUCAUGAUGAGCAUCAAGAAGGAGAUCUCCGGCCUCAGCCUGCAGCUGCUGCAGAAGGACUCCGCGGAGAGCAGAGCACAGGACACCCGUGACGAGAAAAACAAGACUGGCGUCAAAGUCCCAAACAAAAAGACCCCCGCCGCCAAACCCCCUCCCAAGCUCCCCAAAGAAAAGCCGGUCAAGCCGAAGAAAGAGACCUUUAAACCGGCCAAACCGGUCAAGCCUGACCCCACGGCCAAAGCCAAAGUGGCCGGGAACCAGCCCGGCGUGGUGAGGGGCAUCACAUACUACAAAGCCUCAAAGGCCGAUGAAGACGAGCACAGGGGAGACCAUUCGGCCAAAACGUACACGGUCCAUCACGUCACAGAGGAGCAGUCCGAGGACGGGGGGGCCGAGGUUAUUCUGGAGGCCGUGGAGGCGACCGUCCCCGCGCCCGUCCAGACCACCGAAGCUGACCCGGCUGACCCCCCUACGACCACCAGCACCACCACCACCACCAGCACAACCACCACCACAGCCAGCAGCACCACGACCCCCCUGGGGGCCAACCCCACGGCCUCCCGCGCCCGGGGCACGCCCGCGCCGCCCGAAAGGCCCGCCCCCACCAUCGUGCUGACCCUGGACAACUCCAACAACAACAGUCGGCCCAGCCUCCACCGGGCAGGAAAGAUCCUCAACUGCGAGGGGACCCUGGCCUCCAUCGAGCAGCCGGAGAAGCAGCACAGCUACGGGCGCAACGAGGGCGCCUGGAUGAAGGACCCCCUGGCCAAGGACUCCAAGAUCUACGUCACCAACUAUUACUACGGCAACAACCUCGUCGAGUUCCGCAACCUGGACAACUUCAAGCAAGGACGUUGGAGUAACCUCUUCAAACUGCCUUACAACUGGAUCGGGACGGGCCACGUGGUUUACAACGGAGCGUUUUACUACAACCGGGCCUUCACAAAAAACAUCAUCAAGUACGACCUGAGGAUGCGAUAUGUGGCAGCCUGGACGCUGCUGCACGACGUGGUCUACGAGGACACCACCCCGUGGAAGUGGAGGGGCCACUCGGACAUCGAUUUCGCCGUGGACGAAAGCGGCCUGUGGGUGAUCUACCCCUCCGUGGACUACGACUACAGCCAGCAGGAGAUGAUAGUCAUCAGCAAGCUGGAUCCCGGAGACCUGUCCUUAAAAAAGGAAACCACCUACCGGACGGGUCUCAAGCGCAACUCUUACGGAAACUGCUUCAUCAUCUGUGGCGUCCUGUAUGCCGUCGAUGUGUAUAACCAGAAAGAAGGGGAGGUGAACUAUGCCUACGACACGCACACCUACACCGAAGCCAUCCCGCGCUUGCCCUUCGUCAACGAGUACUCGUACACAACCCAGAUCGACUACAACCCCAAGGAGAAGCUUCUGUAUGCCUGGGACAAUGGCAAUCAGCUCACAUAUCAGGUCAACUUCCUCGACGAGUGAGGACAGAUGGUUCGUACUCCAGAUAAGCUCGUGGUAAACACGCCAUUCGCGGCACUCAGAUAGAACAUUCUCAGUAUUUUUGCCAGCCUUAAAGCAGCCAUACGGGACUCUGCAGGACAAAGGAUGUACCUACACCAGCCUUUCAGCAUGCCUUCAUGUUACUGACUUCUCAAUGUCCCCAGACAUCUAUGCCUCAAAUUUGUACUGGAACUGGAAAGUCGACAGUAAUGUUCAUCGAUAGAAUUGAUAGGGAAUAUUCUCACUGGUUGAGUUAGGGUCAAAUGUCUUGAUGGUCAUUAGUUUCAAUUUAUGCCUUUUGACCAAGAAGCAUAGGGACUUUUUUUUUCUUAAUAAAUUAAUAUAAGCACAAAACAAAUCCUGAAGGAACUCAUUUGAGACUCCUAAUUUUAAUUGUGUUAGUUUGAUUCACAUGCUUACACCGGUCAAAUUAGCACUUCCAAAGAAUAGUUUUUUUUUUUAAAUAUCCAUGAAUAUCCUUCUUACGUGAGACAUAUUAUAAAACGGAAGCUUGAAAAUGGAUUAACUUUUUAUUCUAUUGAAAAUUUCCAUGCAUUAUAAAUGCAGUUUCUGAUAAUAAAUACAACUGCCAUUUUCCUAUCAACCUACAGAAAAUCUAAAAAAACAUAAAUCGCAGCUUAUUUACAAAAGUAACUACCCCCAUACAACCCUGUGCGUCCGAAAUUUGAUCAGAUGUACAGUAUAUCUUUUUCUUUGGAUCUUUUAACAGCAAAAAAACACAGUCGAUUUUACAUAGACUGGCUAAUGUCACUGACUAAUGUUUUCCAAAUGGUAACUUUUCGCUUCGCUGCCAUUUGCCCAUCGACUCCAUCCUGUCACCAAGCACUUUGAUCAGAAAACGGCUUCAUUUUUAUUCCGGCCUCACAGUGCUAGCUGUCUGCACCAUUGAAGUUUUUUUUUAAGGACUGCAUGAAAUAUGUUUUUUUUUUUUUUUUUUUAAACAAGUUUCUCAGCUUCAGAUUUUUUUUUACAUCUUCAUAAAUGAAAUCGGACAACGUUGUACAACAUUUGAAAAAACUUUUGUAUAAAGAUGUGCAGCUUUUUACAUUUUAUGUAACCAUUAUGAUCAAUGAUUUGAGUGUUUUUCACCUCGUUAGAAAUAACUUUAUUCCAUCGUGCACACUACAAGCCCACUUCCAGUGCCGUAUUGUUUCAAUAAUGACCGAUGUGAGAACAUAAAGCUUUACAGUGUGAGGUAUCUGCUUUGCCUUUUGACAACGUUAAAAAGUUCCAACUACUUUACUUUGCCUAUUUUAUGGAUGGAGGGGGUUUCUCACAGGGUCGUUCAUUGCAGUCAUUCCAAUUGCAGUAAAGUGAAUUGUCUAAGUCUUUACGUUACGGGAAAUAUAAAAAUGUAAAAUAGUGCUUGAAACGAGUUGUGUGUGUGUUAUGAAAUAAAAUUUCCAUUAUGAAAAUGUGUUGUACGCUUUGUCGA